CGUCCUAAAAGCGAUGCAAGAACCGAAUCUAAACCUAAAAACUUAUGAUCUUACUAACAAUCGCUUUUGGAAUGUCCGUAGUUUCCAAGUCUUGUUUAUUUUUAUUUUGAAUUGAUUUAAUAAUAUUGUACUCGUUAUUUCUGAAAUACAAACAAAUUUUAUCAAGCCCCGUGCACAUGCCAUAUAUUAUAUCAAUUAUCAAAGUACGGCGCCCAUAGCCAUAGCCAUACAUAUCUUCAAUAUUCAAUAUUGGCUUCAUCGAGUUACCUCUGCAAUCAUUAAAAUAUUUAAUUUAAAUAUAUUAAUAAAAAAAAUUAAAAUCUAUAUGCUAACUUUCUGAAAUUAUCAUUUUAUAGCUCUGGAUAGAUAUUGCAUGCUGGGUAAGUGAAACUAAAAAGUAACUACGCUACGGUACCAUAGAUUAUAUUUAUAAUAAUAACCGUACAGUUAUUUUCACAUUAAUGAUUAAUGUAACCAUUGUAAUUGUAAUAACUUUGAGCUACACUGGACUGAAAAUGAAUGAUUUUUAAUUUGUAUUCAACUUUCCAUAUUAAUGAUAAUGAUUGCCUUGGCUUAGAAUUAAGUCAUAUUAUAAUAUAAAUAAAUUAUAUUAUGUUAUUGUUAUAAAUUUUGUGCAGUAUUGUGUUAUGUUAACUUGUUCAGUGUUGUAUUAACAAGUGUAGAGAAGCAACGUUUUGAAAAUAUUUAUAUUGGGGAAGAGGUAAGAUGUAAAACAUAAUUGCCAUGAAAAAAUAAAGUAUCAUUGUUAUAAUUAAAAGGUUCUACUUUAUUUAAAAUGAUCCUAGGGGAAACUACCCAGCUCCCUUACAGUGCAUGCAGCUGGAUACAAUUAUUUAUAGUUUAUAGUGACUAUUGGCAAAUGUACCCUAUACUAUACUAAUGCGAAACCUCUUAGUGGACAGUCUAUUUUAAGUCAUGGUGUUUGCAUCAGUAAUUACUAAUAUUAAUGCACAGAAAAAUUAUGAAUUAAAGUAAUCAUCGUUACUUUAAAAAAAAAAAAAUCUGAGCCUGUGUUAAACAGCAGAGCAGAAGUUCUGUAUCAUGCUGGACGCUGGUUUGAGACAUACCAACAUAAAGACGGAGAAAUAAGCAAACUAAAAGCUUUGAAAUAGUUGGUUAUGUCACUGACAGUGAGUGACAGCUAUCAAAUAUUGACUGCAUGGUGAAAAUUUAGCAUCUAACUUCUGGAUAUUAUAUUCUGAUAUCCAAAAGCCAAUUAGCUGAUUAAUCAACUGAAAAAGGCUGAUUAUGAUAAUUUGGCCAAAUGGCUCAUAUUGAUUAUCCACCAAUUGAUUGAUGCUAACUCUAUUUUCUAUUACCACUCACUUAAGCCAUAGUUCUUUUUAAAAAUAAUUUAAGCUAUUAAUUAUUGUGAUUUUUUUAUUUAUAAUUUAAGUUUCCAUUAAUUUGACAUCAUGUCAAACCCAAGUGAAAUGAUUGAAUAUGACCACGGCCUGAAGAACACCAUUCAAGAACUUUUCAUCCACAAAAUAGUCCCAUCUAAUUUUAUAUAUCUGAUUCAUAAGCAUGACCCAAAAGUGCUUACAGAUCCAGAUGUUGUAAGUAGACCUAUAUCUAGUUUUAUUUAUUUCUAUGCAUUAUAGGAACAAAAUACUGUUCAUAUUUAUUUUUAUUUUUAUGUCUAUGAUAAAAAGAUUAAAAAAUUGUUCUUAAAAAAAUUCAUUAGAAUAUCAUCAUUAAAAAAUCUAAUAAAACAUCUUUAUUACAUUAUAUAAUUCCUGUUUACAUCUAUGACUUUAAUUUUGAUUUAACACCUCAAUGUCUCUUCCUUACGUCUUUUUUAUAACAAAUAUUGCUGUGGAUUAAAAGUUGUGCAUCAAAAAAUUAAAAGUUUAUGUAAAAAAUAAAUUGUAGUUGGCUCCUUGGUCAUUUCUAAAACUAAAAGGCUUUAGAAAAGUUGACUGCGCAAUCCUCUUAUGUUGACAUAUUUCCUAAUUGCUUUAGCGUCGCGUUGUCAAGAGUAUUGAAAGUAAAAUAGACAUGGAAGUUAACAUGGAGAUGCUGGAUUUAAUGACGCAUUACAAGGGUUGGUUUGAAUGUUUGUUAAAAGUACUGGGGGAUCCUGCUUUAAAGCAAGAUGAUCUGAUUCAACAUUUUAAAAACCUGAAAGGUAAGGCACUCUGAAAUCUCUUUGAUUAGGAGUUAUUUGUUUUCUUCUUAAAUUAAAAAAUAAGGAAUAAAAUUAAAUUCAUAAUUUGAAUAACAGAUAAAUUAUCAGUUAUUAAAUGUAUCUUGUUAUAAAUAAAAUAAACUUCUCUCUGAAUAAUUUUAAUUUUAAAAUAAUUUUUUAGCUGCACAUUACUUUGUCUCUUUAACUGUAAGGAAGGCCAUCUUCCUUUGUCUCUUAAACUGUAAUGACAGCCAUCUUACUUUGUCUCUUUAACUGUAAUGACAGCCAUAUUACUUUGUCUCUUUAACUGUAAUGACAGCCAUCUUACUUUGUCUCUUUAACUGUAAUGACAGCCAUCUUACUUAUUUUCCUGCAGACAAGUUUGAUAAGAAGUGGAAGGCAGAAAAAGGAGGAAGAGAGGUUUGUUUAAAUUUAAGUUAGGCAUUCUGAGAACUGUAACUCCUGAUCAAUUUUCAAACAAUCACACGUUAGAGAUGUAAUUCUGCCACCUCCAAUUUACUCAUUUUUCAUUGGUAAUAUAUUUAGAAUCGCAUUCUACUUAUAGGCUACACCAUAUAAUUAUAUUUAGAAUCACAUUCUACUUAUGCCAUAUAAUUAUAUUUAGAAUCACAUUCUACUUAUGCCAUAUAAUUAUAUUUAGAAUCACAUUCUACUUAUGCCAUAUAAUUAUAUUUAGAAUCAUAUUCUACUUAUGCCAUAUAAUUAUAUUUAGAAUCACAUUCUACUUGCACUAUAUCAUUAUUAUAAUACUACUUACAUCUUUUAAAGGAUUCUUGAGAUAAACUUUAGAAUUACAAUUUUAUUAAAAUGUACCGGUUCCUUUAGCUUUGAAAAUAUCUUUAUUUUACCGGGUGUUACAUUUUCAGAAUGUUGGUCCUAAACGUGGAAAAAAGGAAAAUAAAAAGAAUGAUAUUGUACCUAUAACAGGAGGUAAAAAAUCUUGAAAUAUAUUAAUUUUUUAAAUCAUAUUUAUUUAUUCAUAACUGUAUAGAUAUAGGCCAUAAGUUAAAAUUUUAUUUUCCCUGUUUGUCAAACUCAAUCCAAGAGGUUUCCAUUAGGAAAAUCUUAAGUUUUUGGGUAUUAAUAUUAAUGAUUUAAGUUUUUUAAAUAUAGACUAAAAUUAAUAAAAGUUUUGAGCUUAAGUCAAUAAAUAUUGGCUCAUGAUACCGGUAAUGAAACCGCUGGUCGAUGGCCACAAAGACAGCCACUGUUUUUUAAGGCCUCACUAUGAUUAUACUGGGUCUUUAAUUUUGGAAUAUGAUAGAAUAAGAUGACACAUCAGGUGUUCAUGACACAUCAGAUGUUCAUGACACAUCAGGUAUUCAUGACACAUCAGGUGUUCAUGACACAUCAGGUGUUCAUGACACAUCAGGUAUUCAUGACUCAUCAGGUGUUCAAAUAAGAAGUAACAUCACAAAUACUAAUUUUGAAAUAUUUAUCUGAAGUGGUAUACAUUUUUUAUGAACUUUCAACUCCAAAUAUAUCAUCCUGCCUUUUUUUCCUGAGAAAUAAAUUUAUUAUUCGGGUUAGUUCAAUGAAUGUCUAAACUAUUAAUUACUGUCUACUCACACUGUUUCAUUGUUUGUGUUUCAGUACCCGAGUCUGGUGGUAAGCCUGCAGUCCCCAAAGAAAGUGUUCGCAAUAGUAAUGUCAGCUCAGCACAAGCAAGUCUUAAUGAAGUCAAAGGUCAGCAGAAAAAAGCUGAGGCUAAAGUCAAGGGUAAUGAAGGUGGCGGUGCAAUGGCUUCUGACUCCCCCAAAAAAGAAUCCGUUGCACAUUCCAAAAAUAAAAAGAAGGUCAAUUCUCCCUUAGUACAAUCAGCAUCAGUCUCAAAUUUAAACAUAAUUCAGACAGGGAAAGGUGAGGUCGCUAAAGAGAAAAGCGCCGGUUCAAAGCCACCUUUACAAUCUGGUCAGUGCAGUCAAGACUUCUGCAGUAUUUGUAAAGCAGUUCUAAAAUCACCUCAAAUUGCAGAGGCGCAUUACUCAGGGAAAAAACACCAAAAGAAUGUUGAAGAGGAAGAGAAGUUGAAAACCUCUGCCCAGGCCAAAACAAGCAAAACAGGCCCAGCAGCAGCAGCAGGUGUGGCUGUGCACAGACCAGAAAACGAAACUCUGCAAGCUGACUCUGUAUUCACUUACAACCAAAUAUACACUUUAAAUGAGAAAGGUAAAGGUCUGUGCCAUGUGUGUGGGGUGGCUCUGACAUCACAGCAGAAUGCUGAUGAUCACCUACAAGGUAAAGGUCACAGGAAGAAAAUGGAAACUAUAAACUCAAGUAAAGCUAAGUAACAUUUGAAAUCUUUUAAUAAUUAUAUAUCAGUGAUCACUAAUGACCAAUACAUUUGUAAUGAAUUUUAAAUACAUGAUAAUCAUUUUUAUUUUUUUAAAGUGUGCCCAGAUUAUGCCCAAAUUCAUUUUUUGUACGAUAUGGGACAUCUUUUGAGUUGUGCAUUAAAUAAGCUUUUUAUGUAUCACUUUGUAAUUUAUUCAAAAUAUGAAGUAGGUCGACACUUAAGUUGAACUGCUGGGUCUGGCAACCCUGAAGGACACUUAAGUUGAACUGCUGGG